AUGGACUCGAACACACAAGGCAAGAUGGACAAGGAGGCGCAACCCACUGCCAACACCCGCAACAAAAAGCACUACGUAACGAUGUGUACGACGAUGAUGGAGCACUGGGGCUGUGACAUCAAGAAAGCCCUCCCAGCAGACCUUGCCCCACGCAAACGAAACCCCAACGGCAGUCGAGUCGCCAUAUCUCAGCAUCACGACCGAGCGAGACUGCACCCAAAAGAAUGGACUCGAACCUUCUGCACACAGCUCACCCUCCUGGCCAGCAACACGAUGCGUGGGCAUGAAUUAGUAAUCAAGGAACUCCGCAAACAGGUCAAGCUGCGCCAGAAGCAGAAGACGCAUCCUCUUCACUAUGUGCGCGAGCUCCUGACGAGCGAGAUUGAUAUCGUCAUUGAGCACUUCUCGAGACAAGAAUACAAUGCGGACCGGAAGAGCGUUGACCCCACCGAGGAUGGGUUCGAUUUUGCGGAAAUGAGUGAGGAUGAGACGCGCAGCAAGAUCAGGCGUAUGAGAGAGCUGCGGCGCAGCCAGAGGACUGGUAUGCGGGGAGAAGAGGCAGUCAUCAACCCCGAGUCGGCGGAGAAAGGUAAGGGCGAAGCCGAUUGA